AAAUCGUGAAUUGCUGAUGGCGAAGUGCUAAAGUGAAAGUAACCAGAUUUUUGACAAUUGACGUAGUGCGUACGAUUUUUUGUUUGGUUAAAAAUGUUAUCGGGUGAAAAUAGCUUUCGUGUGUAGUUUUUCAGUUUUCAAUGUAUUUACGUUGCGUACUUUUUGCUAAAAAUGAUUCUUGAUGCACUUUUGGAGUACAUCAGGGCUUGGUUUCCUCGAGACGAGUUGCCCCGCUCGGGUGGCUCUUCCCGCAAACGCAGAGGUUCUGACACAAACAGUAACUUUAAAAGCCCCAAACAGAGAAAAAUCCUUUCACCCAUGGCCAGUAACAUUUUGGAGGACGAGAUUUUCACCCCGACUUUGCGUCCAAGACGGCACGAAACCGUGGUUUUGGACGACGAAGACGACAUUCACGUUGCGAGUAAACCCAUAGAUAUUAAAACAUCGCGGAGAGCGAGCGAAAACCGGUGGGAAACCAGCACAGACGACUUGCGUUUCCUCAAAGCGAUCAAGAGCACGACUGAGAAAAAAUACGACGCGAAAAGGAACAAUAUGGAGUACAUCACGCGGUUUUCCUCCAGUCAUGAGCCCCACAACGGGGCUAAAAGCAAGUCGAGAGUGUCCUCCCCGAGACACAGGUCGGGCCAAUCGACCGCCAAUAACAGUUUCUCCACUCCUACCCUGAACUAUUCGUUUAGAUUAGACGAUAAGAAGCGAUACGAAUUGUUGUUGGAUAAUGUGGCCAAGUUACAAAAUUCCUGCUCGUUUAAUAGCUCCUCCGCUUACGGGACUCCAGCCGGGUCCUUGUUUAAUCGGUCACGGAGGCUGGUCGAACUGGCUAAGUCGCCGAAUAAAAAGCCAGUUGAGGUGAUUGAUUUGACCGAAAAUAAGAGGAGGCUUUCAACCAAAGAUACAGUGAUUAAAGUUUUGGAUGAUUUCGAGAGCGAAGUUAUUGAAGAUUCCGAUUCUGAUGUUGAGAUUUUGCCAACUCCGCCGUCACCGAAACCUGAUAUUAAGGUGUCCCCAGUUAAUAGCCUCAAAACUGUUGUCGAUACGUCCAAGACAACAACGUCCAAGUGGCUACAGGAUUUUACCAAGAAUCAUGAACGCUUCCUCGAAGACAAAUCGAAAGAGAUUGAAACGUACGCGCAAAACUCAUCCGCGCUGAACGAAAUCAAUCGCAAUUUAUUGAUAAAAUCCCUAACUAAAAAAGUCCAAGACUCGCUUGCCAUCAAAGAUGCGAUUCUUCCGGUCGAGGUAGAGGAGGAAGAAAUCGAGUUGCCGCCUUUGAGCGAGGAGCAGCUCCGUUUGGUAAAGAAGGCCUUUUCAGGCGACCCGAACGAAGUGCUCACGAAGAAAUUCAACCUGAAUGUGACCCGACGAGAUAUGCAGACGUUGUCCAACUUGAAUUGGCUCAACGACAAUGUGAUCAAUUUCUACAUGAAUUUGAUUAUGGAGAGAGGGACUGACUCGAAAUGGCCGCGGACUUACGCCACCAACACGUUCUUCUACCAGAAGUUGUCAAGAAGUGGGCCGGAUUCCCUGAAACGGUGGACGAGAAAAGUGGAUAUCUUCUCGUAUGAGUUCAUUUGUGUGCCCAUACAUUUGGGGAUGCACUGGUGUAUGGCGAUAAUCAAUCUCAAGGAGAGGACGAUCAAGUAUUACGAUAGCAUGGGGAAAUCAAAUAAUCAGUGCUUGAGCGCGUUGAAGAACUAUCUCGAGUUCGAACAUAUGGACAAGAAGGGAGAGCCCUUCAGUACCGAGGAUUUUGUCCUAGAGAAUGUACAAGAUAUCCCGCAACAAAUGAACGGGAGUGAUUGUGGCAUGUUUUCGUGUACCUUUGCCGAGUUUGCGACGAGGAAAGCGAGGUUUACUUUCCAGCAAGAGGACAUGCCCUACUUAAGGAAGAAAAUGGUAGUUGAAAUAAUGACUGGACAGUUGUUGAUACAGUGAGGAUCUUUUUACUUUUGUAUACUUUUAGGCUUUAGAUUGUUAUAUACAAUUCACUUCAUUUAAUUAAAACUAUAAUUUAUUGCCGUAUGUUUUUGUAUGAAUGAACGAAUGGUAAGUCUAAGUUUUUCAGUUAUAAUUACCUAAACCUAUUGCGUAACUGUAAAGAAAAUCUGUUUUUUAAAUGAAUAAAGUGUAGAAAAUG